AUGACUCCCGGGCCGUGGUUGCUGGUGCUCUGGAUGCCUCUCCUGGCCACUCUGCCCGCGGACGCGGUGCAAGAGGAGGAGGAGGAGGCGGUGAUGACAGCUCCAAGAUGUAAAUCUCUGAAGGAAGCAGACUUCAUUGAAACAUCUACGCCAGACUGUUACUGCUACAAGCAAGAGCAAAUACAGUGGGCAUACAUGUGGUCAACGGUGCAGGUGACCGUCGCCAGUCGAGACCUGCUCAGAUUUGUGUACAUCACAGGAAGUCGCAAUUGCCAGCAUCCGGAAACCAUCCUGUCAUUUGUCAAAUGUGUGAUUUAUAACUUUUGGGCACCAGAGGAGCUUAAGGGACUGAUCAUGGUCUUCAGUCCAUACGGAGAAACUGUAUGCUUCUCCGUGAGGCCCAUCGGGAGGGUGUCGACCUACAUAGUGAGCGUGGACCGAAACAAUGUGGAUCUCAGGCUCCUCCUCCUAUUUGUGGCAGGCAUUUUCCUCUUCUUUUCUGCAAAGACCUUGAGCCGAAGCUCUGUUUUCUAUUACUCUUCGGGCACUGUGUUAGGUGUGCUCAUGACCCUAGUCUUUGUCCUUCUGAUGGCCAAGAGACACAUUCCAAAGUAUAGCACGUUUGGGGCGCUAAUGAUUGCUUGUUGGUUUGCUUCAGUUUAUGUCGGGUGCCAGCUGACGGAAGGCCUGAAGAGGCUGAACAGACUGUACGUAUUAGGCUAUUUCCUGGUUGUUGGGCUUUGUAGCUUUGGCGCCUGCUACUGGCACGGGCCUCUCACCAGUGAGUGGAGCAGAGGCCUUCUGAUGUGGACACUGCGGUUCCUCUCCCUGGUCCUGCUCUACAUGGGGGCAGCCGUGCCUCAGUUUGCCUACGCCAUCAUGGUCCUCCUCCUGUUCUCCCGGAGCCUGCGCUAUCCGCUGAGAGCGCUCAGCUAUCUGAGGUGGAAAAUGAGGCCAUGGUUCAUAAGAGAACCGCCAGUCGUGAAGUAUCUCACCGAGGACGAGUACAGGGAGCAGGCUGAGGCUGAAACAGCCGGCGCUCUGGAGGAGCUGCGCCGUGCCUGCUGCCGGCCUGACUUCCCUUCCUGGCUGGCUGUGUCCAGGCUCCAGGCUCCUAAAAAGUUUGCAGACUUCAUUCUCGGAGCGAGCCACUUGUCCCCCGAGGAAGUCAGCACACACGAGAGGCAGUACGGCCUUGGGGGCGCCUUCUUGGAAGAGCAGCUCUUUAGCCUUCGUGCUGACAGUCAACCUGCAAGCUGACUUCAGUGUGGACGAGGGAUCGGGUAAAAGGCAAAGAUCCUCGUACAGUGGGCAGUGGGAAAAGCGUGCACCGCUAAGGAAAACAAGCCAUGCGAGUGAGAAGCACGCGUGCAGAGAACUCGCCUCGGGCAGCCCGCUUACUGCCCCGUAGGUGGCAUAAGGACUCUAAGAAUCAUUGCCACUUGCCCCAAAUGAAGACAUCUUUUGCUAGAACAGCGGGACCUUUCCUUUAGGACAGUAAGCAAGGUCAGAUACCAUCCCAGCGCCGGGCGCUAGCUUCUACCUUGAUGCCAUGAAGCUGGCUCAAAAGGCUGCCUCGUUCUCCCUCCAUUUCUUGAUAGCAGUGUUUUCUAAGGUGCACUCCGCUGUGGUACUAGUUAGGGCUGAUAACGGCUUCCCGCGCCAGCAUGGUGGACCCUGUCCUACCUAGCAGGUUCCUCCAUCUUCAGCGCAGUGAAGGCAUCAUGGGUCUGAACCGCAGACGUCGUGCACCAGGGCCGCAGACUGACUGACCAGAAAUCAUUUUCCAUGACAUGAAUGAUUGUUAGAACAUGCUUGGAGGUUCGGGUUUGAGAGGUAUGUCCUCAGCAGCCUUGGCCAUGCGCCAGCCCUGGUGCUCCCUGAGACUCGGGUAGACGACCAUCUUCAGACGGAGGGUCGGGGCUCUGUGCUCAGCAGCCUUGGUCUCACCGUGUUGGUGCCUCCAUUUUUGUCUAUGUUGCUUUUUUUUAAAAAAAAAAAAUAAUGACCAAUUAGCUAUUUAAUAACUAAUGGAAAAAAAUUUCUUAGGAUUAUAUUUAAUGUUUUCACAAGAUUUUAUAUGCAGACAGAUUAUAAUUACUUUUUGUACUUUUAUAUAUUAAAUGUGAAAGCAGGUAGCCAUGUGUGACAUUGAGAUUUAUUUUUUAAGCUGCUUUUAUAUGUUUGAGAUGGUUUCU